AUGGAGGACGAAGACGCGGAGCCCUCCCAUCGCUACGGCCGCCUCCGCGCGCAAAUGGACGGCUCUAUGGCUUCUGGGAUUGGCAAUGAGAAAGCAACUACAGAUGUUGAUGACUCUACAUGGGAUGCUUUUGAUAUUUCAUCUUCAGAAGAUGAAUAUGAAAUACCUUCGUCUGAUGAUGAUGAUAGCAUUUUUGGUGAUCCUGAAUCUGAGUCUGAUAAUAUGGACAUCGAUGAUGAAGACAGCAUAAGAGAGACAGAUGAUGAACCCACUUCUGAAAAUACGAGUGAUGUUGUUGUAAUCAGAAACAGUGAGCUUACCUACUAUGGGGAUUCUGAUUUGGAAGACUUUGCUUAUGAAGAGGAUAUUCCUGAGCAGUCGAAAUCAUUAGAAGGGGGGGUUUCACAGCUGUCAAAAUCUGAAUGCAAAAGCGAAGUGACAGGAAGUUCCCAGUUGGACCAUACUAAGCAGGAAGAUAAUAAGGAUCCAUAUGAUAUUGAUGCGGAAAUGAGCAGACAGCGAAAGUAUGAGGCUGUAAGGGCCAUGAUCUUUGUUUCCGAAGAGGCUGCCUAUUAUUUCUACAACAAGUAUGCCAAAGAACAUGGUUUUAGCAUUCGACGUGAGAAGAAAAAGGAACGCCUUGAUGAAUUAGGGACACCCACCAUUCGUGUGUCGUAUAACAGGAAAAAGGGUGUUUGGACUGUUCUGAGAUUUGACAACAAUCACAACCAUAAGCCUGCUACAGCUGAUCAAAUCGCUUUUAUGAGGUCUCAUAGAAAGAUCAAGGCUCAUCAGAAAUCUAGGAUCAUGUCACUGGGAGCUGCUGGGAUGAGAUUAUUCAACAUUAUGAGGACAUUUAUCAGUGACAAUGGAAAAUACAGCAUGGUAGGAUUUGUAAGAAAGGAUCUUUACAACAUGUCUUGCCGUGAAAAGAGGAAGAUGCUUGCAAAGGGUGACGCCAACACAACCAUUGGCAUUAUGGAGAAGAGGAAGCGAGAUGAUCCUGAAUUCUAUUUUGAUUACAAGCUUGGUAAAGGUGGAAAAUUGUUACACCUAUUCUGGUGUGAUUCUCAGUCUCGGCAGGACUAUGCCGACUUCGGUGACGUGCUGGUGUUUGACAGCACGUACAAAACAAAUCGGUAUGCUAUGCCGUUCAUACCUUUUAAGCCUAAAGGGAUCAUCAGCGAUGGGGACGCUGCAAUGAUCGCCGCUGUUGGUAAAGUCUUUCCGGGCGUGUGGUACCGUGUUUGUACGUGGCAUAUUGAGAAGAACAUGAAGAAGCACAUUGACUCCCUGGCUCACAAUGAAUUCCGGUCGCUGCUGUACUACACCACUUCAGAACAAGUAUUCGAGGAGAGAUGGAGGGCAUUUGUCGAGAAGCACCAGACGGAAUUAACCAAAGAAUGGAUGAAGAGGAUGUAUAGGAGGAAGAAGUUGUGGUCAGCCGCGUAUCUAGCGAAUGGAUAUUUCCUCGGAAUGAAAAGCAACCAGAGGAGCGAGAGUUUGAACUCCACCCUACACACCCACCUUGACUUUGGACUGACAAUGGUGGAUAUGGUUGUGCACUACGAGAAUAACAGUAGCCGUGUCCGGGAGGAAGAGGCCCGCCGGGACACCAUAGACUCUCAGACGGUACCGGUUGCAGUUACCAGGUACAAGGAUAUAGAGAUGUCUGCUGCCCGUAAAUUCACUGCUACAAACUUCUACCUCGUUCAAGGGGAGCUGAAAAAGAUUGGGGGCCUAGAGAUUACUGCACAGAUCACUGUAUGA